AUGAUGCCUUUACUUCUGUUUUUGCUUAGUUUUGGUGUGCAGAUCUUGUUGAGUAAAAGGGGGAUGGAGGGAUAUCUGGGAAAGGAUGAGAAAUGUCUUCAGCUGUUAGAUUUGAUUCGAAGCAAGACAGAUUGUGUAGAGAAGAGGGAAGGAAAAGGCUAUGGUGUUUCAGAAGAGGAAGAGCUUGAGCUCAGACUUGGUCCUCCAGGUGGAGACAUCUCAGUUGUCUCUUUUGGCUCAUCCAGUGUUGCAGCAGAGAGAAGGUUCUUGGAGUGUAUUAAUGGAGGCCGGGCGAAGGAAUUCUCGUUGUUUCAAUCAGUGCAGCCUGGUUGCAUUCAGAAAAGAUCUGCUCCUUGUUCAGUUGUGGGGUGGCCGCCAAUUCGUUCGUUAAGAAAGAAUCGCGCUAGCAGCAGCAGCUUCCUAAAACCACAAAAUCUGGUUGAAAGUAGCCAGAAAGGACUGUUUGUCAAGAUCAACAUGGAUGGGGUGCCCAUUGGAAGGAAAGUGGACCUUAAAGCCUGUGACACCUACAAAAAACUUUCUUCUGCUGUUGAUCAACUUUUUACAGGACUUCUCGCAGCUCAAAAUGGAACUGAAAAUGGGUACAAGGAAGGAGGGAAGGUGUUUGCUAGCUUGUUAGAUGGAAGAGGAGAAUAUGCCCUAGUUUUUGAGGAUAAUGAAGGAGACAGGAAGCUUGUUAAGGAUGUCCAAUGGCAUGUAUUUGUAUCCACUGUGAAGAGGUUGCGCGUGUCGAAAACCUCAGAACUAUCUACUCCAAAGUCCAAACCGUAGAAAGCAGAUGAAGCUGUGAGCUUUGCUGUGAUGAAACAGGCAUAGUACAAUGAAGAAUCUUUUUUUUUUUUUUUUUUUCUUUUUGCAGAGAUCAUCAGUGGCAUUGUUUCUGCAAUAAGUGACUGUUUUUGGGACAAUUUUAUCAGAAACAAAACAAAUUCAUUCUAGGUACCAUGUACAUUAUGGAUUUCUGUACAUCAAUUUACCAAAGAUUCAAAACUUUCCACUUUAUUAUAUCCUGAUGAAAGGUUUUUCAGCAGAAAGAGAGUUAUGGAGCUCAUAAAAAUGGCAGUAAUCUACAAUGAAACCUAAAGUUCUUGAAUACAUAUGUUGGGUUUCCAACAUUUUUCCUAAACUAACAGACAAGAAAA